UCUAGAGACUGCAGGGAUUGACUCAAUUUCACCUGGGGGUGGCGUACUCCUUUAAGUCAAACCUAUUUGCUAUAACCAGGACUUAUAACGACCUUAAAUAGUCCUAACAUAUCUCCUCUUGGGUUCUUGAGAAUGAAUAACGUUAAACUUUGUAAACAUUUUAGAUUUUGAUAUGAAAAACUGAACAAUAAAAAAUAAGAAAUGCCAAAUCUUUUCAGUCAAAAGUAAAAACUUUUGAUGCCCCAUGCAUGGGUGUGCAUGUGUUACAAGCUCCUUCAGCUAUGUCACUCUGGCUCACAGCAGCCAGAACCACGCACAAGUAGGCUGGUGCUAAUCAGACAUGGGUGAAAAUCAUCCAGGAGCAGCCAUGACCUGAAGAUUACAGAAGCAGUCUUGGGGCCCAAAAGGGUCGCAGGUUCGAUUCCCAGGACCAGCAGGAAAAAUGUGAGGGGAGUCAAGUGAAUGAACAGCACUUUCCCUCCCUCUAUAUCAUGGCUGAAGUGCCCUCUUAGCAAAGCACUAACCCCCAACUGCUCUUUGGGCGUUGUAGCAUAGUACGUGUGUGUGCUCAUUGCUCACUUAUGUGUGCAUGCGUGUGUGUGUUCACUGCUUCAGGUGGGUUAAAUGCAGAGGAAAAGUUUUGCUGUGCUUGAGUGUAUGUGUGACCAAAUAAAAAGGCUUCUUUAUCAAGUGUUACCUACUGGUUCAACCUGUGCCUUCUCAGCCCACAACUCACUUGGGCCAGGGAGUUGACCGGCCUGUAGCUGACAACCUCCCACUCCCAGCCCAGAUUCUGUACUUCCACCUGUCCAUUUGCACACUUCUUUUGGCUUGCUAUGAGUCCUGCAUGUCUCAAGGAUCUUGGGGCAGCUCUCGGUUGUUGUAAAUGCCGCUGCCAGUCAUUACUAUAAUUGAUUAUGCCAUCUAAAUAUGCAGCAGCAUUUGUGCUGUGCAGGCAGAGUAUUCUGUCUCAGAGACAUUGAAACAUUGCUGGGGCUCCAAACAAACCAAAUGGAGGGUGACAAAAUGGUGUAACCCAAAUGGAGUGGAGAAGGUCAUGGAGUCAAGGGAAUCUGCCAAUACCCCUUGGUUAAAAAUUUGUCUUGAAUAAAAGCGAGUUGUACCUAAACAAUCGUGCAGUUCAUCAAUGCAUGUCAAAUUUAGACACUGCAUUGACUUUUUUCUAAAGUCCACACAGAAGUGGACCAACCUAUCAGGCUUGGGCACCAAAACCACAGGGCUAUUCCAAUCACUGUGGGACUGUGAUUAUGCCCAUGCUGAACACAGCCUUGCGUUCCUCCCAAACUGUUUUCCUGUGUUAGGGUAAAUGGUCGGGGCGGCUGCACACGAUGACACCUGGAGGAGUCUUUUAGUUGCUUUAUCACGCAUGUUUGACUAAGUAGAGGCAAAAACACAUUGGAAAAUUCCCCUUGCAACACAGCAACCUGUGUUUUCUGGGAAGCUCUUCACAAGGGGCCAGGAUGGAAUGACACCCCCUCCCCCCUUUUUAAGGGCACCUCCAGUCCCAGCUUCUCUUUCUCCAGAACCACCAUUGCCAGAACCCCAGGAACCAUCACACACACUUAUUUAUUUAUUUAUUUAUUUAUUUAUUUAUUUUUGUGGAGUGCUUGUGUAAUCGCUUUGCGUUUAAUGUGAAUAUUAAUGUUGCGUUAAAUUCGUCAGCGUGUCUACCCCCCCACCCCCACCACUUUCCCAUUGUAUAUUCCCAUUCCACUGUAUGUGUAAAGGCCUUUAUACACCGGGAGUAUUUUUUCAUGCAAUUAAUUUGCAUGUCAAUAUAUUUUUUAACUGUUUUUCUCAUGAGUACUUUCACACAGAGUGCGAAUAUUAUACAGCGAAAAAGCAGUGAGGUGUUUUUUUUUUUUUUUUUUGUCCCCCCCUGCACCAAGGUGGAUUUUUCUGAGCUUUUGCACUGCAAAUAAAUGCAUCAACCAAUCAUGUUGUGCGGACAGACGUCAGGUGGUGAUGUAGGAGACAGCUGACAAAACAGCCUUGAACGUAGCAAGAACAAACUCCAUUAACUGAUGAACAGUUGGUAGCAGGGUAAGAUCAAAUCAUUUAAAACCAUAUUUCCUUUUCUCCUAGAACACCCCAGCUUAAUUAACUUUUUCUCUUGAUUGCCAUUUAGGUACGCAAUUUGAUGUCUCAUUGUGGGUGUCAUAAAGCUCAGGCAAAACUAAUUCAGAAAUCAUGGUUCUCUGAUAUCAUUCUUGCGACCAUCUUGGCCACCAAGUCAGAUAUGUGUGGCAAAAAGUUUGAACUGAAGAUUGAUAAUGUUCGCUUUGUGGGACAUCCUACUCUCCUGCAGCCACCGCACACCAUUCAGGUUUCCAAAACCGAUCCUUCACCAAAAAGAGAAAUGCCGACCAUGAUCUUGUUUAGUGUUGUGUUUGCAUUAAGGGCCAAUGCAGAACCAUCGGUGAUUAGUUGUAUGUACAACCUGUCAAGGCGCAUCGCCAUUGCCCUGCAGCAUGAGGAGCGACGCUGCCAGUACCUCACCAGAGAGGCCAAACUCAUGCUGGCUGUACAGGAUGAGCUGACCACCAUGACUGAAACGGAUGGCACUCUGCAGUCUCCCUUUCGGCACAUUCUUCCCAAGUGUAAACUGGCAAGAGACCUAAAGGAAGCCUAUGAUAGCCUCUGCACAACUGGAGUGGUUCGGCUUCACAUAAAUAACUGGCUGGAGGUCAGCUUCUGUCUUCCCCACAAGAUCCAUCGAAUUGGAGGGAACCACAUUCCCCCAGAUGCCUUGGAACGCAGCCUGAAGGCUAUUCGGCCAUACCAUGCCCUGCUGCUACUGGACAGUGAGAAAGCCCUGCUGGAUCAACUCCCACUCGAUUGCUCUCCUGCUCUUUUGCGGCUCCUCAAGAUCUGUUCAGCAAUGAAGAACCUGCAGCAGCUGGCACAAGAUGCUGACCUGGCCCUCUUGCAGGUCUUUCAGAUAGCUGCUCAAUUGGUAUACUGGGGUAAAGCCAUCAUUGUGUAUCCACUCUGUGAGAACAAUGUAUACAUGCUGUCUCCACAUGCCAACAUAUUUCUGUAUUCUCCACUGGCAAAGCAGUUUUCCCAGCAGUUUCCUGGUUAUGAUCUUCCAUCCAUGUUAGCCAAGUUCUCUUUACCUGUAUCUCUGUCGGAGUUCAGGAACCCACUGGACGCUUCUGUACAUGAGGCACAGUUGAUCCAGAUGGUGGUGUGGAUGCUGCAGAGGCGGCUGUUGAUCCAACUUCACACCUAUGCAUGCCUGCUUGUGCCACCCACUGAGGAACAGCUAUGUCCACAGGAGGAUGAGAUGCCAAUGGUGAAUCGUGUGGCCGGACGCAGCCUCAGCACGCCUACCACCCUCAGUUUUGGCUCCCCAACCAGCAGCGAUGAUAUGACGCUCACGAGCCCCAGCAUGGACAAUUCCAGUGCUGAGCUGCUGCCAGGGGGAGACUCUCCACUCAAUAAGAGAAUGACCGAGACCCUACUGGCCAGUCUGACUGAACAUGAGCGCCAUGCCAUCCUUAGUGUACCUGCUGCACAAAAUCCUGAUGACCUGCGCAUGUUUGCUAGAUUGCUACACUACUUUAGAGGGCAUCACCACCUGGAGGAGAUCAUGUACAAUGAGAACAUGCGACGCUCACAGCUAAAGACUCUCUUUGACAAGUUCCGCAGUGUUUUAGUUGUUACUAACCACGAGGACCCUGUCAUCUCUCUGUUUCAAACACCACCCAAGUAGCACAAGUGCCUCAUCCACCUUCCUGUACCAAAAGUUACACUGAAUUAAUAUUUAACUGUAUGCUGUGCAUGCUGGCCAUAUUACAGAUAAUUUAAGUGCUUUAAAUGAGAUCCUAACACGCUUAAGAUGAAAAUGAAGGAAGUCAUUUCACAAGAUAUGCCUAAUAUACUGUAUGCAGCUUUUAUGAGAAAAUAUUUUAUCUUUGUCUUAGAACAUGUGGUUUUGCACAGUUGAAUAAUAGUUUAUUAUUUGAGUCCUCCUGUAUUGUGUGCCAUUGGACAACUAUAAAAUGAAUAGUUUUCUUUCCUAUAAUGGGAUAAGAGAUGAUCCAUGAUGUGUUUGGAUCAAACUGGACAAAAAAGUGUGCCAUAAGUCCAGACCAAGAUACUACAGCCCACAAGGGUUCCAGUAAGGAAAACAAAAAGUGGGUAAGGAAGGGUGCAGAAAUCUCAUCUCAUUAUCUGUAGCCGCUUUAUUCUGUUCUACAGGGUCGCAGACAAGUUGGAGUCUAUCCCAGCUGACUACGGGCGAAAGGCGGGGUACACCCUGGACAAGUCGCCAGGUCAUCACAGGGCUGACACAUAGACACAGA